AGAUUCUUCGUCAGGCUAUGAAUCUACAGACAUUUCUGAUGUGGAAUCAGUGAGUUCUUGGGGGUCACGUAACAGUCUUGACAGCAGAUCAUAUGACACCACCCACGAAGAAGUAAUGAACUUCAGUAGUACGCAUGCGCUUUCCGAGCACCUAAAAUUAAUUCUGGCAAUGCCUGAAAUGUGUGACGUCACGUUUAUAGUUGGACCACGUGAAGUGCCCGUACAUGGUGUUCGUGCCAUCAUGGGUACACGGAGUAGAAUCAUGUAUCAACUGAUUUUGAAACACAUGUCCAUGGAAGCAGCUGAUCAAGAAAAAAACUUAAAAAAGAACAAGAAAAGUAAGAAAAAUGCAACAGUUGGAAUUGGUCGGUCAUUAUCACAGAGACUUAUUAUCCCUGUCAAGAAAUACGAUUCUGAAGUGUUCCGAAUGUUGGUACAGUUUAUUCACUGCGGAAGUGUGAAUAUCACUGAGGAAACCGUUGCUGGUUUGUAUUGUGCUGCCUCCCAGUUUGAGCUUCGAGAUCUAUGCAAUGCAUGUUUAGAUUUUGUCGAACGAUGUAUAAAGGUCGGAAGAGCUGAGAAACUUCUCUUUUCUACAAGAUGUUACAGUCAGCACAAAGCUACAAAAAUACUAUUUGAUAAGAUAUAUUCCGUGUUGGACAGACGCCACAUUGCCAGACUUGAGGAGACACAUGUGUAG